ACAGGAUGUCCAACAUUUAUCACUUGGAACCACCGACCAAGGGCAAAUUGGUCCUCCAUACUACUUUCGGUCCCGUGGACGUCGAAUUAUGGCCGAGAGAAGCUCCUUUGGCUUGCAGAAAUUUUGUCCAGUUGGCAUUGGAGGGAUACUACGACCACACACUCUUUCACCGCGUUGUUCCUGGUCUGUGCGUGCAGGGCGGAGACCCCACCGGGACCGGCGAAGGGGGCGAAAGCAUUUUCGCCGAGGAGGGGGGAAAAGAGGGAGGGAAGGAGGGAGGCAAAGAAAGCAACCGGAGCCAGUUUUUUGUGACCCUGGAUGCGUGCGAACAUUUGAACGGCCAGCACACGAUCUUCGGGAAAGUAACAGGCGACACCAUUUUCAACGUGCUGCGGAUGGGGGAGGUGGCGACGGACCUGGACGACCGGCCCCUAACGGCUUUGAAACUGACGGCCGUUGAAAUUUUGAACAAUCCGUUCGACGACAUUGUCCCGAGAGACCGGGGGGCGGAGUUACGGAAACGGCGGGAAGGG